CUGCAGAGCCCUUAAAUAUGACUCGGUGCUGAAGAGGAGCUGACGUCAGAGCUCCGUUCCCCCUUCUCCCAGCCUGGAAAACAGGAGGGAAUAUCUUAAUGAAUCAGAUGGCGGCCAACCUUCAAAAUCAGGUGCAAAACAUGUCCCAGUCGAUAGAGGUGUUGGACAGGAGGACUCAGAGAGACCUACAGUACGUGGAGAAGAUGGAAAACCAGAUGAGGGGACUGGAAUCCAAAUUCAAGCAAGUGGAAGAAAGCCACAAGCAGCACCUGGCAAGGCAGUUUAAGGCAAUAAAAGCGAAAAUGGAGGAACUUAGGCCUUUGAUACCAGUGUUGGAAGAGUACAAAGCCGAUGCCAAAUUGGUAUUGCAGUUUAAAGAGGAGGUCCAGAAUCUGACGUCAGUUCUAAACGAACUCCAGGAGGAGAUUGGCGCCUAUGACUACGAAGAGCUUCAGAACAGAGUGUCAAAUCUUGAAGAAAGGCUUCGUGCAUGCAUGCAAAAAUUAGCCUGCGGGAAGCUGACGGGAAUAAGUGACCCGAUCACAAUUAAAACCUCGGGGUCCCGCUUUGGAUCGUGGAUGACGGAUCCUCUGGCUCCUGAGGGAGAAAACAAGGUUUGGUACAUGGACAGCUACCACAACAACCGCUUCGUGCGCGAGUACAAAUCCAUGGCGGACUUCAUGAACACCGACAACUUCACCUCCCACCGCCUGCCCCACCCGUGGUCGGGCACGGGGCAGGUGGUCUACAACGGCUCCAUCUACUUCAACAAAUACCAAAGCCACAUCAUCAUCAGGUUCGACUUGAAGACCGAGACCAUCCUCAAGACGCGCAGCCUGGACUACGCCGGCUACAACAACAUGUACCACUACGCCUGGGGCGGCCACUCGGACAUCGACCUGAUGGUGGACGAGAACGGGCUCUGGGCCGUCUACGCCACCAACCAGAACGCCGGCAACAUCGUCAUCAGCAAGUUGGACCCCAACACCCUGCAGAGCCUGCAGACCUGGAACACCAGCUACCCGAAACGCAGCGCCGGCGAGGCCUUCAUCAUCUGCGGCACGCUCUACGUCACCAACGGCUACUCGGGCGGCACCAAGGUGCACUACGCCUACCAGACCAACGCCUCCACCUACGAGUACAUCGACAUCCCCUUCCAGAACAAGUAUUCCCACAUCUCCAUGUUGGACUACAACCCCAAGGAUCGGGCUCUCUACGCCUGGAACAACGGGCACCAAAUCCUGUACAACGUCACGCUCUUCCACGUCAUCCGCUCCGACGAGUUGUAGCCCGGCUUUGGUUAGAAACUGGGGUUGGGUUUGGGGGGCGGGGGGGGGGGGGAAAUUAAUAAAUAAAUGAAUAAAUGAAUAAAAUAAAAGUGAAAAUUUAAAAAAAAAAAAAAAGUGGCAAAGAGGAAAAAAAAGGGAGAAACUAAUUAAAAAAAAAUGCUAAAUAAGGAAGCAUACUCUAAAUAAGUAAACAUAUAAACAGCUGCCAAAAUUAAGACCAAUGUCAUGGAGGAUUAUUCAGCGUAAAGCUGACAGAUCGGCAUUACCUCUACAUUUCUAGAAGUCUGGCCCUGUGUUAUAGACUCACCAGUAACCAUGUACUUGCAGCUGGAACUGCACUCGGAGAACCACUUCAGUUUGGGGUUUUGUUUCGUUUCCGUUCUGAUAGCAAACCUAGAGAACAUCCUCAAGCAGUAAGGCAAUGACUGUUGGAAGUUCACCCUCGGGAGCCUCGCUCUCCUCCGUGUGUGGGUUGCAUGGACAUUCCCCCCGGCGUCACGGGCAGCUGUGAUGGAUGUGCGGAAAGGAAAAGCAGGAAAAGCAGGAAAAGCAGGAAAAGCAGGAAAAGCAGGAAAAGCAGGAAAAGCUGACCCGUGAGGAGCUCUGGCUGUCUCAACAAGACCUAUCACAGGUUAGUUUUCUUUGCCUUCCAUCGCAGCUACUGUCUCUCUCAACUGUGUUCUUGUCACUCUAGAUUAACUGUGCUGGGACCCGAAGUAGCUCAUGGAUCUGUGUCUUAGUAACUUAUUAAACACGAUGGUUUAAGUAUGUAUUAUGAACAAGUUGUUGUACCCAUAUCGUUUGAACUUAUGUAUUCAGCAACUAUAUUGUAUAAUGUAUGUCUGUUAUUUACCAGAGGUGGCGAAACUUUGUAUGUCCAGUUUAUGCAAUGAAUGUUGUAAAUGCAAUGAUGUAGUUCGGAUUUAAUAAAUGAUGGUUUUUUCGUUUCUAAAAAGGCAAAAAAUAAUAAUAAUAAAAAAAAAUUAAAAAAAAAAAAAAGAAGUCAGUGUUCACCCUUAUACACAGGUAAUCAAUUUCAUGUUGAUAAUUACAGGAAUAUUCUCUUACUGUUAUACUAUCUACAUAGCAUUAUGGUGGUUGGAAAUCGCUUCCGUGGGGAUUCUGUGGCAGCAGAUUCCCAUGGGAAGCUUCAUUUAUGGAAGUGUGAAGGUAAUUGAUUUUUUUUUUUUUUUUAAAGAGGAAAACUUUGUACUAUCCACAGUUAUCUAAGGAACAAUAAAACUAUUAGGAGACUUC